AUGUUGUUAACACCACAUUUUCGACGUGGGUUUACACGAUUCGCCUUUCCGAAGCUUGCGGUGGUGACGCUCUCGGCAUCCCCUGUAGCGUGUCGGCGACUUCAUAACUCCUCGAGUCUGUUUUCAUCCCCUUCAACCGGUGGUCGGAUGCGGCGUGCGGUAGGGGUGUCGUUCACCCCACGUAUCGCAUCAAGGCUUUCUAUCCCAUCAAGGCCUUCCGUCUCAUCGGGGCUUUGUAGCCCAUUGAGGCCGUAUGUCACGUUCGGCUCCACUUCCACCCCAGCCCUCCCUGUGGGGACGUCAACAGGAAAAGGUCGUGUUACGGAAAAGGAGGCGGCCAUCUUGGGCUAUCCUUACACACUUGUGGACACGGCUGAAGCCUUAACAGAGGCCGCACGUUGUCUGUGUCAGAGCAGUUCCAUUGCGCUUGACAUCGAGGCAUUCUGCACGAACGGUGACACUAAACACCUGGGGGAUAUUUCCCUGAUUCAGCUCUGUAGUGAUGUAGGCUCGGUGGUGUAUUUAAUCGACGUGUUGGGGCUCUCACCCAGGCAGUGUCGGGAGCAGCUUCGGCCGGUGCUCGAGGACCCCGCGAUCACGACACUCUUCUUUGACUGCCGGCGUGAUGUCGAGGCGUUGCGUGUGCAGAUGGGCUUAACCCCUUCCCGUGCACUCGACCUGCAGCUCCACUUCACUGCCCUGCAAUGGCGGCUUCGGGGGGUGAACCGGCGGUCUGGACUAGGUUAUGUCUUGCAGGAUAUCGCCGGGCUUGCGCAGCAGGCGGAGGGGAAUGCCGCCGUCCACACAGCCAUGACAAGAGGGCAGCGCGCCGUGUGGGAUGUCCGUCCCCUCCCUGCCCACUUUCUCGCCUAUGCCGCGGACGACGUCCGGCAGAUUCGACUGCUUGGACCUGCGCUCGCGCGGGCCGGGGACGGAGUCGUUUCUCUGGAUGCGAUUUAUUCUUUAACGUCUCUUUAUGUUGACCACUACGCCCGCGGAGGCUUUGUCAAGGACGAGCCCGACGAGGGCUCCGCUGAGGUUAACGAGUCUUGGCUCGAGCGAGUGAUCGGGCCCCCUGGACGAUGUGCCUUUUGUCACGCCAGGGGCCACACCGAGGCGGAGUGUUUUAAGAAAAAUAACCACCCCGCGCGGUGUAGCUUCUGCGGGGGUCUCGGACAUACUUCGCGGAAUUGCUACCAAAAGUACCCUCAGCUCCUUAAAUGUGAUCUGUGUGGUCAGGUCGGCCACCAGGCUUCCUCCUGUUUUAAGACUAACCCCUGCAUCCACUGUGGUGGUUUUCACAAUAGUGCAAACUGCCAUCGCUCGUUGCAAAAGGGGUCGCACCACGCCGAGGCAGCUUCCAAUCGUUCAGCUUUUCCGAAAUAA